UUGAGGUCUGGUUUGUUUACUUCCUCCUCUGCCUGCAGCGGACCAGGAUGUUCCGGAUUGCGGAGCCGCCGCCGCUGCUGCUGCUGCUGCUCGGACUCUGCGGCUCCCUGCGGGCUCAGAGCCCGUCUCCUCCCUCGGUCGUCAUCGACCUGGACGAAGAACCGGAGCUGCGGUGGUUGGUUCUCAAAAAGGUCUUUGACGUGAACUACCUGAGCCGAGCCGCGGCAGAAAUCAUCGAAGCAACAGUUCCAAAAUGGGUGCAUCACGCAGCGAUCCCGAUUGUGAAGUCCCUGGAAAAAUACAUUCCUCCGCCGUAUGCUGGCGAAAUCCGUGGCCUGGCCUCUGUCCUGGGAGGGAACCUAUCUGAUGCCAUCAUUCUUAACUUUGCCUAUGAAUUCACUGCCUUUUGCACCAGCAUCGUGGCUCAAGAUAAAAAUGGGAACGUGUUUCACGGGAGGAAUCUCGACUACCCUCACCCUGUUCUGAGAAAUAUGACCGUGAAUUUAGUCUUCCAGAAGAAUGGAAAGGCGGCGUACUACGGAACGUCAUUUGCCGGUUAUGUCGGCUUGUGGACAGGAAUGAGUCCCAACAAGUUCACCGUAUCCGGCGAUCAGCGAGGGACUGAGCACUGGUGGAACUGGUGGAAGAAUGUUGUGUCCGCGGCCCUGUUUCACAGGUCGCCGGUCAGCUGGCUUGUGAGGGAGACUCUGGAGGAGGCCGAGGACUUCCUGGAUGCAGUCAUGCGUCUGUCCAAAACCCCCCUCAUCACCGGGGUGUACUACAUCGUGGGUGGGGUGCGAGCCAAGGAGGGAGUCGUCAUCACCAGAGACCGAAAGGGUCCCGCUGACAUCUGGGCCCUGGAGCCUUUAACUGGAGGAUGGUACAGAGUGGAGACGAACUUUGACCACUGGCUUCCUCCUCCUGCAAAAGACCAUCGAAGGGAAACGGCAAACAAGGCUCUCAACGCUACAGGUCAAGACCACAUCAACAUGGACAAACUUUAUCAGGUCUUGUCACUGCAUCCCGUCUGCAACAGAAUUACAGUUUAUACCACAGUUAUGAGUGCAGCAUCGCCUGGGAAUUACACCACGAUCGUCAGACCACAGGGCUGCUCCAAAACCGACUGAUCCGACUGUGUGUGUAGGACACAAAACACAUUUCUGCUCAUCACAUGCAGAUAUGUGGAAGUGAGAUUGAGGAGGUUUGACUUCCUUGUUUUUUUAGGUUGCCCUUAAAGAAAGAACAUUGAAUCUUGCCGCUGCCUUACCCAGCUAGCUUGCACUAAUUUUGGUGCUUCAAAAUUAGUGCAUUUUGAAGCACCAAUUAGUUAAAAACAAUAGGAGAGAGGAAUGCUGGAAUGUGACAUUUUGACUCAUUCAGUCUCAUCUUUUUCUUUUGUCUUCUACAAAACCAAAUCAACAGACACAAUUGAAGAAAUGGCUCUUUAAUUCUUCUUUAAUUUUCACCUUUUCACACAGAAAAAAGCUUGACCUUAAACUAAAGCCACUGAAAUAUCCUAUCAGGAACCAGAGCCAUCUAAAUAAUGAUGGUCUCCACUUCUCCAAUCAGUCACACCAUUACAUUUAACCAGUAAUAAUAAAUAAAUAAAUAAAUAAAUAAAAAGUUCUUUAGUAAGUGCACAUAUAACCGAAUGCCUUAUGCAAAUUGUGUAAAUAAUGUAAUUUUACUGAUGCUCUUUAAAAUCAUGCAAAUGUUUUAACAGGUUUUUAGGGGUUUCUUUGUGUAUGUCAAUUAUAUUUUGUGCGUUUGCAAUAAAGCUUUAAUCCAUCAUGUGAAACCCUGCAAAAAGUAAAAGGAGAUGGGAAUUAUUGAACUGAUGACGAGGACACAUUUUCAUCGCUGUGUUGCUCCAUGUCAUGAUGGAUAUCAGUUUGUUUGGAAAUCAUUGACUGGUUUUAAUAAAACCUUGCCUUACCACAA